CGGCUCUGUUGUGUUUCUGGAAGCUACCAGCUGAGAAAAGAGGAAAAGCAGCAGUUUUUGUUUCAUUUUCUGAGUGUUUUUUUUUCUUCCUGUCACUAAACCGAGCGGUGUUUCAGUAAAACAGGUAAUUUUGGACGCUGCAGCUCGAUGGGAAAAGUGUAGCCAUGUUCAGCUUCGAGGGAGAUUUCAAGCGGACUCCUAAAGUGUCCCUCGGAGGUGCGAGUAAAAAGGAGCAAAAAGCGUCCCUUCUUCACCGGACCCAGGAGGAGAGACGCAGGCGAGAGGAUGAAAGGAGAAGGCUGAAGAACGCAGUAAUCAUCCAGUCGUAUAUCCGAGGCUUCCAGGAGAGAAAGCGACAACAUGGCAUUCAGCGAAGCCAGUUCGACCGCUGUGUGUGUGAGAGUCAGUGUUCCUCCGGAUCCAUGCUCCCGGACGCCGCUCCGCUCAGUCUGCUCAUACGCCGGCUGCUCUUCUUCUACCGCCACAGCGAGGACACACACCGGCUGAUCUGUCUGUGUCAGAGCGUCGUCAAGCACCACGCCCAGUUUGUGAAGCUGCUGGCGGGACCUGAGAGAAGCACCUGCGUGUUCCAGAUCAAGAGGCUUCUCGGACACUGCUGCAGACUCCUGCAGCUGUGUGAGGACGACGGUGUGAAUGUGGCAGUGCCCAUGCGCAUGCUGGAGGUGUUUGCCUCGGAGAGAACCUACCUGCCCCCUCUACAGGAUUCCGGUGCAGCCGGAGCGCUCACGGAGCAGGUGUUGCACUAUAUGGUUCAGAAAGGAUACUACAGGACUCUAUACAUUCUGGCCAAUCACAAGUUACCAUCCAGUCUGGAUUACAGCGACGCCCCCUCACUUCCCCUGGCGCACACACUGCUGGAACACACACUCAGACCACUGCACUUUACCUACAGCUCCUGUCCUGCGGGCGCCAGGCAGUUAGUGUUCUCGUCCUUUACGGAACACUUCGUCUCUCCUCCGUUCACUGAGCAGAUGUUCCACUUCUUCAUGCCGGCGCUGGCGGACCCCAGACUCUGCUUCCCAUUCCAUGACUUCCUGUUUUCCCUGCAGGCCACCGUCUCCUCGUCAGACCGCACCCAGUGCCACGCCCCGUGGCUCUUCUACUUCGUACUGUUGCUUGGGGAGACAGGCCUCGGUUCUCUCUCAGAAGAAGGCCUGCUGUUGUAUCUGAGUUCUCUGCAGGCUCUGCUCCCUCUGCUUCCUGUGAGCGAGAGCCACACCAGGGCUGACGUCAACAGUGACUCGGAGGACGAGGACGACGCCUCGACACGCCCUCCUCCUGUACAGGACAAUAACAGGAUGUCAGUGCAGUUGAUCACACAGCUGUGUGUACAGAAGUUGGACUCGAAGCAGCAGACGAACGCUCUCCUGUCUCUGGUGUGGAGAGAUUCAGCCAGCGAGGACGUCUUCACCAUGAUGGCCUCCAUCUGCCACACCCUCAUGGUGCAGCACCGCAUGAUGGUGCCCCGAGUCAGGCUCCUGUACAGUUUGGCCUUCAACGCUCGCUUCCUCAGACACCUGUGGCACUUAAUAACGUCCAUGAGGACCAAAAUGAUCACAGGGUCCCUGGUGCCGUUGCUUCAGUUGAUGUCUCGCGGCUCUCCCAUGUCUGCUGAGGACUCGAGCAGGAUCAUCCCUCUCUUCUACCUGUUCAGCUCGCUCUUCAGCCACUCGCUCAUCUCCAUCCAUGACAGGGAGUUCUUCGGGGAAGCCCUGGAUGGUCAGAGGCAGGCGUCCAUGAUGCCCUUCUCUCUCCCGGAGUUGGUGACUCUGUCCCGGUGUCUGCGUGAUGCGUGCCUGGGGAUCAUCAAACUGGCGUAUCCCGAGACGAAGAGCGGCCACAGGGAGGAAUACGCAGCCGCGUUCCGCAGCGUCGGAGUCACAACCAGCAGCCAGGUGCAGCAGCGCAUCCAGAACCAACAGAAGCGCUGGGUCCAGCUGUUCAAGGUGAUCACGAACCUGGUGAAGAUGUUGAAAGCGCGGGACAUCAGGAGGCCGUUCUGCCCUGAGGGUCACUGGCUGUCUGACGAGGUCAACAUCCGGGCUGAUAAGGUGACUCAGCUGUACGUGCCCUCUGCUCGACACGUGUGGAGGACGAGGCGGAUGGGCCGAAUCGGGCCUCUCCAGUCCACGUUAGAUGUUGGCUUGGAGCCUCCGCCGCUGUCCGUUUCGGAGGAGAGACACCUCGCCAUCCUCACAGAGCUGCCCUUCGUCGUGCCCUUCGAAGAGAGAGUCAAGAUCUUCCAGAGGCUGAUCUAUGCUGAUAAACGGGACGUACAGGGGGAUGGCCCUUUCCUCGACGGCAUCAACGUCACCAUCCGGAGGAACUACAUCUACGAGGACGCGUACGACAAACUGUCCCCGGAGAACGAGCCUGAUCUGAAGAAGCGUAUCCGGGUGCACCUGCUGAACGCUCAUGGCCUGGACGAGGCCGGAAUCGACGGCGGAGGGAUUUUCCGCGAGUUCCUCAGUGAGCUGCUCAAGUCCGGGUUCAACCCCAACCAGGGUUUCUUCAGGACCACCAACGAGGGUCUCCUGUACCCGAGCCCCACUGCAGAGAUGCUCACUGGCGAGAGCUUCACGCGCCACUAUUACUUCCUGGGCCGGAUACUAGGCAAGGCUCUGUAUGAGAACAUGUUAGUGGAGCUGCCAUUUGCUAGUUUCUUCCUGUCCAAGCUGCUCGGGACCAGCGCUGACGUGGAUAUUCAUCACCUGGCCUCACUCGACCCUGAGAUGUACCGGAACCUUCUGUUCCUCAAGAGCUACGAGGGAGAUGUGGAGGACCUGGGACUAAACUUCACCAUCGUCAACAACGAUCUGGGAGAAGCUCAGGUGGUUGAGUUAAAGCUCGGGGGGAAGGACAUCCCGGUUACCACGGCGAACCGCAUCGCCUACAUCCAUUUAGUGGCCGAUUACCGUCUGAACAAACAGAUCCGAGCUCACUGCCUGGCGUUCAGACAGGGCCUGGCCAACGUGCUCAACCUCGAAUGGCUGCGCAUGUUUGACCAGCAGGAGAUACAGGUUCUGAUCUCCGGUGCACAUGUGCCUAUCUGUCUGGAUGACCUGAAGAAGUUCACCAAUUACUCAGGAGGUUACUCGCCCACUCACCCAGUCAUCAAGAUCUUCUGGGAGGUGGUGGAGAAUUUCAGCGACGAGGAGAAACGCAAGCUGCUCAAGUUCGUCACCAGCUGCUCACGUCCUCCUCUGCUGGGAUUUAAAGAGCUCUACCCCGCCUUCUGCAUCCAUAACGGGGGGAACGAUGUGGAGCGCCUGCCCACCGCCAGCACCUGCAUGAACCUCCUCAAGCUUCCGGAGUUCUGCGACCAGCAGCUGAUGAGGAGCAAGCUGCUCUACGCCAUCGAGUCGUCCUCGGGCUUCGAGCUCAGCUGAGCGACCCAACAAGGGGGCGGGCGAAAGAACAACACAAAAACACUUGGACGCUGAUGCUGGGGAUCUGACGGGGACACGGAGUUUUUAUUUUAAUCCUGAACAGGGAUGAGUCAAAGCCGCGCCGGAGGAAGUGACCGUACCACUCGAGACGCCAUCGUUCAAAGCCCCGCCCAUCUUGACAUGCCAUCCAAAACUCACCAAAGAUUUCUGCUCGGUUAUUUCUGUAGCGCUGGUGCUGGAAGAACGUUGAGACCUAACGAGAUUAACAAGACGCUAGCCGCGCGCUCUGAUGUGACCGUGAGGACGAUGUAGCUUCGCCAGGAAAGACGGAGGGCCUCGCUCCGAGAUCAUACUUAGCGCUUCGUAUUUGUAGUUCAGCAUUAGCAGCAGUACGUCGUGAUUUUUAGCUUUGCUAAUGAGUGGUGCAGUAGCUACAAUGAAACUCCACCCCCCUUUCUUUUUUUUUCUCUCGCCCUGGCCAUAAUUCUGAAAGGAAGCUAUUAAAUUGCUAAUUACGUUCCGAAUUUCUGGUUUUAACUCCUAACUGAUAGUGCGCGAUUAACUACGCCACUGCUUGCACAGUGUACAAUAUAGUUUGUGAUUUUUUUUUUACACAGAAGAACUAGCUAGCAAAACAAGCUAGCGUGCUUAAUAACUGGCGUGCUCGUUCUCUUCUUUGCUGGCUCACUAGUCAUCGAACUUUAAUGAAUUGGCUGUUUGAACUUUUUCUUUCUUUAUUUGCUCAUUCCUAUCCUGCUAGUUCACUAGUUUUCUGAAUCGCUAGCAGAUACUGAUUUUAAGUUGUUCUCGAGAUAAGGUCAGUUUGAGCUUAGCAAAGCUCGCGUAUGUGUUGAAGCGUCGAAUGUUUUCGCUCUUGCAUUCCUAAACAGCUUCACUCACCACUUUAGCUGGUUUUAAAGGGAAACUCGCAUCAGCUCGUAGUGCCUUGCUUCCUUCCUUCCUUCCGCUCCUGGUUCCUUCAGGUGUCUGAGGUGGAAGUGGCGGUGAUGAUGUUAAAAAUAAGAGCAUGACUUUUGUUUUAGAAUUUCAUCCACGAGGAAACAUGGUUGGAGUUUCUCUUUACAUGACGACUGAUGAAAGUUUCAAGCACUAAUACUUGUGUGCGCUAUGAAAAAUGACAGCUUGUUCAGAGAGAGUUUCUUUAAUAAGGGUGAAUUUAUGUAAUAUUUCUUAUUAGAAGAUUUUCAGGACUCAUUUCAAGUUGUAUUUUUUUUUCCCAUUCUCUUGGCAGAUGAUUUUUUUUUAAUUUUGCCUCUUUCUAGAAUUAAAUGCUGAAAAUUAGCCGAAUCAUCUGCCAAUAGAAUUAGAAAAUUUAAAGCUUGAAAUGAGUAAAAGUGUUGAAAAGUAAGCAAAAUAAGCUUAUUCUAUCCACGUUCACUGGACAUGAGCAAUCGCAUGCUCUGAUUGGCUACUCUACUACUAGGAUAUCAGCUCAUGUAUCGUGAGUAGAGAAAAACAAAAUGGCGGAGCAUGCUGCUGAACUAACCGAGGAUGAAAUAAAAACUCUACUCGAAAGCUAAACCACAAAAAAAUAAGGCAACAAAAUACGGAAUGAAAGUAUUUGAUGGUAAGAACGUUUUUUUAAAAAAUAAUUUUUCAAGAAUUAUCAUCAUCGCUUUUUUUUUCCCCCACAAAUUGCUCCUGUCAUUUCGCCGGUUUGUUUACAGUCUAAGCGGAAAUGAUUUUGUCGGACGUUUUGUAUAAAAUUUACUUCUCGAAUUUGCAAAAAAUAAAAAUAAGUGCACCAUUUCUCAAAAUCCAGUGAAAGUUAUUCCAUUCAAUCUCGUCGUGCGUGGAUUAUAGACAACUCGGUGCUACGCGCCUCGUCGACUCAUGUACGACUCGAUUUUGUGGAAUAACUGUUGAAUAUAUUUGAGUUCUGAUAAUGUUCUAAUUAGAAAUGGUAGAUAAAUUCAUCUCAUCUCAUUAUCUCUAGCCGCUUUAUCCUGUUCUACAGGGUCGCAGGCAAGCUGGAGCCUAUCCCAGCUGACUACGGGCAAAAGGCGGGGUACACCCUGGACAAGUCGCCAGGUCAUCACAGGGCUGACACAUAGACACAGACAACCAUUCACACUCACAUUCACA